AUGGGACAACAAGACCUCCCAUCCGAAAGUAUAAAACCAGACCUUGGAAUUCUCAAGGUUGAGUCGAUUUCUGCUGCUCGAGAUGUCGAUCUUGGACAGCUGUUUGAGGUUGAAACAACACCAGAAAUGGAGAAGAAGGUUUUGAGAAAGCUAGACUUCUUUUUGAUUCCUCUUAUGGGCGGUUGCUACAUGCUGCAGUACAUUGACAAACUAGCCAUUAGUCAGGCGACCCUUUUCAAUCUUCGACAGGACUUGGGCUUGAAAGGCAAUGAAUAUAACUGGGCAUCAGCCAUCUUUUAUUUUGGAUAUUUCGCAUGGAGUUGGCCGAGUUCAUAUCUGGUCGUGAGGCUUCCUUUGGGCAAAUAUCUCAGUUGUGCUGUUUGUGUUUGGGGAGGUUGUGUGAUGUGUCACGCCGCUUGCACAAACUGGGCUGGUUUAAUGGCAGCGAGAUUCUUCUUAGGCAUUGGAGAGGCAUCGAUUGCUCCUGGCUUUGCACUGAUAACGGGAAUGUUUUAUACAAGAGCGGAGCAGCCAGCAAGACAAGCAGCAUGGUUUAUUGGUAAUUCUAUUGCUGUUCUCCUUGGUGGACUGAUUGCCUACGGCAUUGGCAAUAUCCACGGCACGGCUGUUGCCCAAUGGCAACUGUUGUUUCUUGUCUUAGGCGCCAUCACUUCUCUCUAUGGCGUCCUCUUAUUCUUUACACUACCGGACUCACCCGCGAAGGCUGUCUUUCUUAAGCCAAACGAACAAGCGAUCGCCGUCCACAGAACUUUGAAGAACAAGACUGGAGUUUUGGACACGGGAAAGUUCCAAUGGGGUCAGGUUUUAAUGGCGGUAAAAGACCUACAAACAUGGUUUUUGGUGCUUUAUACACUGUGUGUCAACUUCUGCAAUGGUGGCCUCACAAGUUUUUCUGCUAUCAUUAUCACCGGAUUUGGAUUCCCCCAUUUAGAGGCUCUUCUCAUCCAGAUGCCUAUUGGUGGCGCCCAGCUUGUCUUCCUCAUCCUUACUUCGGGCAUUGCCUCCCUCGUUCCAAAGUCUCGCAUUAUUAUGAUGAUGGUCAAUACUUCAGUGUCGAUGGUGGGUAUGAUUUUAAUUUUGAAGCUAGAUAGUGAUAAUCAAGCAGGGAAGAUGACCGGUCUCUGCCUCGGUGGUGUCUUCGCUGCCAAUAUCCCGCUGUCGCUCAGUUUGAUUAGUUCGAAUGUCGCUGGAUUUACCAAGAAGAGCACUGUCAGUGCCAUCAUGUUCGCGGCAUAUUGCGUUGGAAAUAUCGUUGGACCCCAGUUCUUCAUCCCCUCGGAAGAACCUUCAUAUCUGACCGGUAUUAAAGCAUCUAUGGCUGGACUGGCCUUUGGAAUCUUCUUCUUGGCCUGUCUCUAUCUGUUUUAUGUCUCGGAAAACCGUCGACGGGAUAGGCUGUACGGGUCUCCUGUGGAGAUGACCGAGACCGAAGAACUGCAAGACGAGCUAUCUAACAAAACCGAUCACGAGAUCGAAAGUUUUCGAUAUGUGCUUUGA